AUGCGGCAUAGCAGGAAUAAAAUAGCCGCAGCAUUUACACAAACAACACACAAAGUAUCAAAGUUUGAAAUUGCAGCCAGCGGUGGUAUUGAUUUAACAUUUUGCAUUAUUUAUGAAACUGUUUUAUGUAAUGACUGUUCUUCGAAAAUGUCAAGUAAAAUAUGUGACACGGAAAAUGACGAGCCUGACUCAGAUGCCGAAGAUCCCGAGCAGCUUUUGAACGAAUGGCUUGGGGAACUCAACACAUUAACAGGGUCGAUAGAGGUUAAAUUGCAACUUUCCGGAGGCCAGUUGAACCAAUCAACAUCUCCAGAAAGAAAUCCAGCGUGA